AUGCGGCAUGCGGCAAUACGGAUAGCGAGCACCUUCAUGAAGAGGCGGCGGAGGGAUAUUGUAAUUGUGAUUCUACUACUGCAAUUGGUAGCUUUCCAUUCUCUGGUCACCAAAUGGAGAAUAUCAGAGGUGUUAAGCCGAACAAAGCGUGCUGCGUCAGCGGAACAGCCUUCUGAAGCAACUUCUACCCUGGCUCCAUAUUCCACACUAGUCUCAGAACCAGCAGACUCCUCUCCAAUACUUGCACCAUCGUCUACGGGUAGCUGGGAUAAAGUCCUUCCGGAAAAAGUCAUACCGAAGGACAUAAAAGUUGCCAUGAUGCCUGAUGGGUGCUGGGACCCAUUAGCCUUCGAAAAAGUGCUGUAUGUUGACCGUAUCAAAGAUAUGACGGUAAAUGUUGCCUGGUUCUCUGCGAAUUACAGGCAAAGAGUAGCGCAAGAGCCGAACACCCCUGCCCACUGGGACGCAUUCAGCGGUACGGCGGUAUGGCUCCAAGAUGUCCGGCACUACGUAUAUUUCACACGAAUGCAAUACAAAGAUCCAUCAUGCAGACCUCCGUGUGCUGGGGGGAAGCGGAGUUUUUUGUUUGCACAAUCUUACGAUUCAGAUCUAAGACCCGUACCACUCAAGCGACGUGUUGGCGAUGACUUGGUAAAAUUUCCAGACGUCAUGGAAAUCUAUACGCCAGAUCAGGCUUUUUAUACAGGCCAAGAGGAUCCGCGAGCCAUCGCCGAUCCUCACGGGAACAUUAUCCUUUUGUUCCACAUGGGAGAUAUGGACGGAAAGCGCAAGCAAUGGACUUUCAAUACCACAUCACGACAUCAGUCUGCUCUUCGCCCUGAUUUUGCGCCUCAAAACUGGGAAAAAAAUUGGACACCUUUCUUUCAUAAAAAUGAGUUUCGAGUGGUCUAUAGUGUCCAGCCUCUGCAUAUUAUGGCUUGUGAUAUUGCACAUGAUGGGCACUGCUCAACGAUCGGUGGCCAGAAGGACACGACGUUCGGGAAGCUGGGAGGCGGGACGCCGUGGCUGCAGUGGCGAGACAGCGAGUACUUUGUUGGGUUUGCUCGAACACACCAAGGAGUGAAAUGUUGCGGAACCGUGUAUCGUCCGCACGUUGCAAUUAUGCGAUCGUUCAAAGACCAAGCAAAUACAGAUCAAUACGAAAUAGUCUACACGACAGGACCUCUGGACUUUGAUUACGUGCAUACGGAACCGCCCUUCAGAGAAAAGGCAGAUCACCAUCCAUGUGGGUGGAACCGAAUCAUGACCACUUUGGGAAUGCUCCGAUGGGACUAUGACGACGAUUCGGUCUUGAUGACUGCGUCUAUUAAUGAUGAGAAAAACUUUCUGAUGCGGGUGAGAGGGUUAGACAGGCUAGUUUCAACUGUGGUUAAAACAAUCGAAACUGCCAGUAGUGAAACCCUGGUAUAUGUGAAGGCGAAAUCGCAGGCAAAUUGUGGUGUCGAAGUUUCCGAAAGGGUUAUUUGCGCAGGAAUUGAAACACCAUCGCAAUGA